GUGGUUCCAGAUCACAAGGGCAAAGUUGAUAAAACCAGACGGUGACUUAAGUGUCUUCAAAUAAAAAUCUGAAGAAAAAAUAAAAAUGCAAGGACUCGUUGCUUUCAAGUAUUAUCGUCUUCCAUGCUUUCUUCUUCCCAAUCGCCUUCCUACUUCUUCGAGUCCAAAACGUGUCGUACUGAAAUCCUACUGCAGUUUAAGAAAGCAGAGCUCUGCAAGUCUAAGAAACACUUGGCCAUCUGUUGCUCUCUCCCUUUUCGGUUCAGGAUUCUUUUUGGGUCCUCUAAUCGAUGGCCUUCAUUCCAGAGUGAAUCUUGUGGUGUAUCAAACUGGGUCAGUCGAUAUUGGUCCUCUUCAUACAAACAUAUGGGUUCCUCCCUUGCUUGGAUUAUUCUACUCCACGGUUGGGUUAACGCAGCUCUUCUUGGAUGAAAGGGCACCUUCAAAGAUUCAAGAAGCAAAUGCGGAGAAGGUAGUCGCUACACUAGUAGCACUUCUGCUGUUCAUGGAACUGAGUGCUGAAAUGUAUGAAGCUGGAAUACCAGACAACAUUGAGGCCUACAUACUAUUUGCAGCAGCAGAAGUCAUAUGGUUGUUCCUGGACAGGACACGGGUUGGAUUCACCUUAGCAUCUAUUAUUGGCCUUGGAUGCCCAUUGGCUGAAAUUCCCAUAAUGAGACCCAUUUGGACCUUUUCAGGUUCUUCCACCUUUGGUCUUAUCCACACGCAAACAUUGAGAUCCUUGGUCAGGGAUUAGUCACUUGGACAAUCACUUGCUACUUUGUUUACACGCCAUUCCUUAUCAGUUUAGCACGCUGGCUGCAAUCAGUUAUAGCUGCUGCGGAUGAGUCUGCAUAGCAACAUGUUGGGAAUUGCAUUCUUUCAGCUACAUGAAAGAAAGACUUCAAGUUUGAGAACCCCUUCCCCAGGUUAUCUAAUGUACCUGAAUCUAGAACAAAUGAGAGGACUAAAAUCUGACCACCAGUUUGAAUUUCCCUUUAUCUGAACACCUUGCCUAUAAGUUUGACAAAAUGUCAAAUCCAUUUUGCUUGCAGUUGCAGUUAACCAAACAAUGAUGCACCACAUCAUACGAGUCAUUAUUUAUAAGAAAAGGCAAUUAUAUGUAACAAGUACUUAUUCAAUAGCCAGUGACAUCUCACAUUAAGCCA